UUUUCUUUAAAAAUGUACACCUAAUUCAGUGCCAUAAAUAUUAUAUUUUUAUUCAAAAAUCUUUAUCAACCGAGAAGUGGGAGUCCCGGCGAUUUUAAUGGAUGACGAAUGAAUUGAGCCUACAACAUAUUGCACAACGUUUCGUAUUUGUAAGAUUUAACCAUAUUUUUAAUGACAUUGAUAAAGUCUAAUUUCUUUAAAAAUGAUAUAUUUAUUCCAUAGAAUUGUAUUACUUCCUUUUAAAUCUAUUGACAUCGUAUUUUAAUUAUUAUAAGCGUUUCAUUUUUGUCGUGAACAUAUCUGACAUUAUUAUUUGCAAUAUUUUAAAGAAUAUCGACGAACAAUUUUCAGUAUCAAAGAAAUCAAGAUGCCUGAAUUACCACGCAUUACUCGUACAUUACGCAUGUAUACUAAUUUAGAUCGUACAAAAAAAUUAUUAGAACUUGCUCCUAAUGAUUUAAUCAAAAAGAGAGAGGAACAAACGAACAAAUUGAAAAGCGGUUCAAGUUGGUUCGAAUUAUGUAAAACUGCCCCAGAAGAAAUUUUACCUUUGCUUAAUAAAUUACAUGAUAUUGCUACCAAGAUUUUCCAUGGUCAUUCGGCUGAAGUUAUUAAUGAAUUUUCCAUCUUUACUCUGCGUUUAUUAAUAGAUUCAGAAAGUAUAUCUCAAAAACAAUUGGAACUUUUACGUCACAUGGCUGGUAAUUUAUCGAAACAAGAUAUGAAUAAAAUUAUGCAGAUAGUUGAAGAUAUCCGUGAUAAAUUGGACACAGAUGCAAUUGAACGUUUAAUUAAAUUAUCUGAGACAACUUCGAAUUCUAAUAAUUCUGAAACCAAUUUUUUUGGGUCAAAAUUUUCUUACAAUUCAGCUAAAGUACUUUGGCCCGAUACAGGUAUGCUCCGCAAUAUGGCAAAUUUAGGACAACAUACUAAUUCAUUUACUAUGGCUUAUGAAACUAAAGUUCCCCCAUCGAACAAAGAUGAGUAUUCAAUGCAGUUCAACAAGUCAGUAUUUGUAAAAGGCUUAAGAAAUUCUUAUGAAAAGUAUUCAACGGAAAUGUCUUUUGACAACUUUGGAACAGUAAUAGUAUCAAAAUUGAUCAAUUCUGAAAAUAUUGAAAAUGAAUUGUUUGACUUAUUAGGGUAUGAACACAUUGAAUUUAUACAAUAUAUUAUUGAGCAUAGAAAAGCUAUCAUAAACGCUUAUGGUUCUCAAAAAGUACCAAAACUACCAACUCCGCAAGGGCCAGUGAUUAGUGGACAAGUGACGGUACAAUCUGAAGAAGAGAAACAAUUAUUGAAGCAAGUCCGUAAAGAAGAAAAGAAAUUUAAUAAAAUUACGAGUAAGAGAGAUGGAAAAACUGAAGAUGAAGAAAUAAUUGAUCCACUUGAAUUACGUUUAAAAAGAAAAGAAGCAUUAACAGCAAUGUGUACUCCAAUUUUCCCAAAAAGAAAUUUAGUUCCUGAAAGAUAUAGAGAGAAAUUUCCAUUCGUCUUUGAUUCGAAAGCGACUACUGAAAAUUGCCCAGGUUUAAUUUCAGGACAUAAAGUUAUGUUACCAGAAAAUGUUAAGAUAAAUAAUACUAAUUUAUGGGAAGAAGUUCAUAUACCUAUUCCAGAUUUACAAGACAUUAAUGUUCCAAAUGAACCUGUUAUGGUAUCUUCAUUGGACGAAAUUGGACAAAUUGCCUUUAAUGGUAUAACAUCAUUAAAUCGAAUACAAAGUAUAGUAUUUAAUUCUGCAUACAAUACUAAUGAAAAUUUAUUGAUUUGUGCUCCGACUGGAGCAGGUAAAACUAAUGUUGCCAUGUUAACUAUAAUUCAUGAAAUAAAGCAACAUAUGACACAAGAUACUACGACAAAUCAAUUUAAGAUUAUUUAUAUAGCGCCAAUGAAAGCAUUAGCAGCAGAAAUGACUGCUAAUUUUAGCAAAAGAUUAAAUCGUCUUGGUAUAUCUGUACGUGAAUUAACUGGUGAUAUGCAAUUAACAAAACUAGAAAUUCAACAAACUCAUAUGAUAGUGACAACUCCUGAAAAAUGGGAUAUUGUAACAAGAAAAGGUACAGGAGAUAUUGCUCUUACAAGUAUUGUGAAACUACUAAUUAUAGAUGAGGUACAUUUACUGCACGGUGAUAGAGGUCCUGUUGUUGAAGCAAUAGUUGCUAGAACGUUGAGACAAGUAGAGACAUCACAAAGUAUGAUCCGUAUAGUUGGGCUUUCAGCAACAUUACCAAAUUAUGUAGACGUUGCAAGAUUUUUAAGAGUAAAUCCUUACAAAGGUUUGUUUUAUUUUGACCAUCGAUUUCGUCCUGUUCCAUUAAGUCAAACAUUUAUUGGAGUUAAAGCACAGAAACCAAUGGUUCAAAUAGGACACAUGGAUGAAGUAUGUUAUAAUAAAGUCAUCGAAAUGGUCCGCGAAGGACAUCAAGUUAUGGUCUUUGUACAUGCUCGCAAUGCAACAGUUAGAACGGCCAAUGUGAUCAGAGACUUAGCAAUAAAAAACGAAACGCAAAAAUUAUUUUUAUCAGAUGCACAAGAAAAAAUUGCUGGUAGAGCAUUCAGUAAAUCACGAAAUAAAUAUCUUCCUGAUUUGUUUAGCUGUGGCUUGUCAGUUCAUCAUGCGGGUAUGUUACGUUCGGAUAGAAAUCUUGUUGAAAAAUAUUUUUCUGAAGGUUUGAUAAAAGUAUUGGUUUGUACAUCUACUCUUGCUUGGGGUGUAAAUUUACCCGCACAUGCUGUCAUUAUUAGAGGAACAGAAAUAUAUGAUUCUAAACAUGGUACAUAUAUUGAUUUAAGCAUACUGGAUGUUUUGCAAAUUUUCGGUCGUGCUGGUAGACCACAAUUCGAUACAUCUGGUCACGCAAUCAUAAUUACAACUCAUAAUAAAUUGUCACAUUAUUUGUCACUUCUAACUAAUCAGAUACCUAUUGAAAGUAGUUUCAUAACUUACCUAGCAGAUAAUUUAAAUGCAGAAAUUGCAUUGGGUACAAUAUCAAAUGUAGAAGAAGCAGUCGAAUGGUUAAGUUACACGUAUCUUUUUGUACGAAUGAAGUUAAAUUAUUUACAAUAUGGUAUACCAUAUGCAACUAUUGCAGACGAUCCAAAUUUGGAACAAAAACGAAAAACAUUAAUUGAUGCGGCAGCAAAAGCACUGGAUAAAGCUAAAAUGAUUCGAUAUAAUAUACGUACUGGUGAUGUUAACACUACAGAUUUAGGACGUAUUGCUAGUCAUUAUUAUCUUAAAUAUGAUACAGUUGAGAUUUUUAAUGAAUUGUCAGAGAAUUUCAUGAGCGAAGCAGAUAUACUUGCAAUGAUAUCACGUUCACAAGAAUUUGAACAACUUAAAGUAAGGGAUGAUGAAAUUGAAGAAUUAGAACGUUUGUGUCAAGAAUACUGUGAGGUUGUACCGAAAGGUGGACCAGAAAAUAUUUAUGGCAAAGUAAAUAUUUUAAUACAAACUUAUUUGUCAAGAGGAUGGGUUGAUUCAUUCUCUUUGACAUCAGAUUUAGCAUAUAUCACACAAAACGCUGUACGCAUAUGCAGAGCAUUGUUUGAAAUUAUGUUAAGACAAAAUAAUGCAAUAAUGGCAACUCGUUUAUUAUUAAUGGCAAAAAUGCUUGAACUGCAACAAUGGGAUUAUAUGAGUCCUUUGCGUCAAUUUUCUUGUUUAUCGGCAGAAAUUAUUAAAAAAAUAGAAGAUCGUAAUAUCGUAGUAGAUAAAUUAAUAGAAAUGGAUGUUAAAGAAAUUGGAAUCAUUUUGCAUAAUCAGAAAACAGCUGCAUUGGUAAAGAAAUGCUGCAGUGAAUUGCCCUCUUUAAAAAUGGAAUCUAUCUUACAACCUAUUACACGUACUGUUUUAAGAAUACGCUUACAAAUCACUCCACAAUUUCGGUGGAAUGAUGCAGUUCAUGGAAAAAAUUCUGAAGCAUUUUGGAUAUGGAUUGAAGACCCUGACAAUAAUCUUAUAUAUCAUCACGAAUAUUUUAUUUUAACCAAAAAAAUGGUUUAUAAAAAUCUUGAACAAGAAAUUGUAAUGACUAUACCAUUAUGUGAACCAUUGCCUAAUCAAUAUUUAGUAAAAGCAAUAAGUGAUCAUUGGCUCGGAGUGGAGAAUAUGUUAUCUGUAACAUUCCGUGAUUUAAUUUUACCAGAUAUUCAUCCACCGCAUACUGUGUUAUUAGAAUUACAACCAUUAUCUGUGACAGCACUGAAAGACUCAUCAUUUGAAAGAUUAUAUAGAUUCUCUCACUUCAAUCCAAUUCAAACACAAAUCUUUCAUUGUCUUUAUCAUACGGAUAACAAUGUUCUUCUAGGAGCUCCGACAGGUUCUGGUAAAACAAUAGCUGCAGAAAUAGCUAUGUUUAGAGUAUUUAAACAAUAUCCCGAUCAAAAAGUUGUAUAUAUUGCACCAUUGAAAGCUUUGGUUCGAGAGAGAAUGCAUGAUUGGAAAGUAAGACUUGAAGAAAAAUUGGGGAAAAAAGUGGUUGAAUUAACAGGAGAUGUAACACCUGAUAUCAAAAUUAUUGCUAAUGCUAGCAUCAUAAUUACUACUCCUGAAAAAUGGGAUGGAAUUAGUAGAAGUUGGCAAACAAGGAAUUAUGUUCAAAAAGUAGGACUGAUAGUUAUAGAUGAAAUUCAUUUACUAGGAGAAGAUCGUGGACCAGUACUAGAAGUAAUUGUUUCUAGAACAAAUUUUAUUUCCUCUCAUACUUCAAGAAAAUUAAGAAUCGUUGGUCUUUCCACAGCAUUGGCCAAUGCAAUUGAUUUGGCUAAUUGGCUAGGGAUAAAAGAAAUGGGUCUUUAUAAUUUUCGUUCGUCUGUUAGGCCAGUACCAUUAGAGGUUCACAUCAGUGGAUUUCCAGGCAAACAUUAUUGUCCACGUAUGGCAACAAUGAAUAGACCAACUUUUCAAGCAAUAAGACAACAUGCACCUACUAGUCCGUCACUUGUUUUUGUAUCUUCGCGCAGACAAACACGUUUGACUGCAUUAGAUUUGAUUGCUUAUCUUGCAGCGGAAGAUAAUCCUAAACAGUGGUUGCAUAUGCCCGAGGAAGAGAUGGAUAAUAUUUUAGAAAAUAUUAAAGAUUCGAAUUUAAAACUUACUCUUGCUUUUGGAAUUGGUCUUCAUCAUGCUGGAUUACACGAUAAGGACAAACAAACGGUUGAAGAAUUAUUUGUUAAUAAUAAAAUACAAGUAUUAAUUACGACAGCGACAUUGGCUUGGGGUGUAAACUUUCCCGCACAUUUGGUUGUGAUAAAGGGAACAGAAUAUUAUGAUGGUAAAACGAAACGUUACGUGGAUAUGCCAAUAACGGAUGUGUUACAAAUGAUGGGAAGAGCUGGAAGACCACAAUUUGAUGAUUCGGGUGUAGCUGUUGUCCUUGUACACGAUUUAAAGAAAAAUUUUUAUAAAAAAUUUUUGUACGAACCAUUCCCCGUUGAGUCAAGUUUGUUAGCGGUAUUGCCAGAUCAUAUAAAUGCUGAAAUUGUAGCUGGUACGAUAAAAAAUAAGCAAGAAUUCUUAGAUUAUUUAACGUGGACAUAUUUCUUUAGAAGAUUAAUGAAAAAUCCAAAAUAUUAUAAUUUGGAUACUUUAGAACCUCUUUCAAUCAAUCAAUACUUGUCAUCUUUAGUGGACACCACAUUGAAAGUAUUAUUGAAUUCACGUUGCAUAGAUUAUAGCGAAGAAGAUAACAUACUGUUUCCUCUUUCAACUGGCAAAAUAGCAUCCUUUUAUUACUUAUCUCAUCUUACUAUGUUAAUGUUCGAGCAAACAUUAAUAGAAGAUCUUCCAUUAUAUGAAUAUUUAAAAAUCUUAUGUAAUUCAUGUGAAUAUAAUGAACUUCCUGUUAGGCACAAUGAAGACUUAAUGAAUGAAGAUUUGGCAAAAAUGUGUCGCUAUCAAGUUGAUCAAUAUACAUACGAUUCACCAAAUACAAAAGCUUAUCUUCUACUGCAAGCACACUUUUCAAGGCUUCCACUUCCAUGUACAGAUUAUAAUACUGAUUUAAAAUCAGUCCUCGAUCAAGCUAUUAGGAUAAUUCAAGCAAUGAUAGAUAUUGUAGCAGAGAAGGGUUGGUUAGCAAGCACGCUUAGAAUAAUGCAAUUAUUACAAAUGGUUAUACAAGCAAGAUGGAUCGAUGAACCUGCAGUCAUUACCUUACCUCAUAUAAAUAAGGAACAUUUACCUUUAUUUUCUUCUUUGCCAGCACCUCUUCCAGUAUUAUGUGCUAUUACUAUUAAUAAUUAUAAUCGACUUGCUAAAGCUUUAAAUAAAGAAUUUCACGAAGAACAGAUACAUCAGAUACAUCAAGUUAUUAAACAAAUGCCAAUGUUGUGUAUUGAUCUAACGUUACAUGGGAACUGGGAAGACGGUAAUGAGAAAAAGAUACCACUACAGACGAAUUAUAAUCAAGUUAUUGAUCUUCGUGAAAAUGAAGAAUAUACAUUAGUCAUUAAAAUGAAAAGAAAAAAUCAUUCUAAUACAUUAAAAGCACAUUGUCCUAUGUUUCAAAAAGGGAAAGAUGAAGGAUGGUUUUUACUGUUAGGUGAUAUUUCAAAACGAGAAUUAUGGGCUUUGAGAAGAGUCAAUAGUAUUAAUGAUCAUCAUAGAAUUUAUCAAUUACAAUUCACAGCACCUCGUAAUAUAGGGUCAAUGAAAUUGACAUUUUAUUUAAUUUCUGAUUGUUAUAUUGGUUUGGACCAACAGUAUGAUAUACAAGUAAAUAUAAUACCUUAAAAAUAAAAUUUUAAUAUGUAGAGAAAGUAUUAGAUUUAUUAAAAGAUGGUAAAUUUAUUUCAUAUAAUAUUUUGUGUAUAUAUUGUACAGCGAUGUAACAUAUUAGGUAUCUAUGAACACAAAAAAUAUAUUUUUUUUUACUUAAUUUUAUUAGACAGCUAUGAAACAAGAUGCGUGGAUUAUUCCAGAUUCUUCAUACAAAUAUAAACAUUAUUAUUCUUAGUAUAUAAAGAUAGAAAAAGCAACAUGUACAGGAUCACUUUUACAAUUCCAUAGAUAUAUCCCUAUGGAAGUCUUACAGAUAACGAGUUAUUUGUUUGUUUGUUGUUUUUUAUUCGUUAUUAUGUUCUAUUUUAUUAUUUUAAGCAGAGUUUUGUGAGUUAAUGUACUAAAUAGCAAUAUUAAAAAAGAAAAAAAAAACAUAACAUUUUUCAUUUUUAUAAUUAUACAAAGAAAUUUGUAAGAGUAUAAAAAAUAAACCUAUAUAAAUGAAUAUUUAAAAA